AUGGCGACACCUGACGUAGACCCAAACCGAAUGGACAUUGACACUCCCGAGCCAUCCACCGCAGACUCGACUCGCCCUGCGACGCCCAACAGCUAUGCCACUCCACCAUCCGCACCGACAGCAGGCCCCUCGUCGUCGGCAGGUUCGGCAGAUGGUACGCAGCCUCCUCCAUGGGCAAAGCCAUCCAAGCCCACCGGGCCAAUGACCGAGGCCAAGGAGAACGGCGCUCCGUCACCCGAACCGAAGAAGGAGGAACAGCCCAAACCUGAACCACAAGUUGACAUUUCGCACAUCCCACCACCCGACCUCAACGCUCUGCUUAGCAAGAGCCGCGAUCCCGGCUCACAGAUCGACGCGACCCUCAUCGCUGUUCCCGAACUGAGAGCACUGCUCGACAAGUCGAUCAGCCUCAAGAAUGAGGGAAACAAAAGCUUCACAAGCAAGCCACCCAAGCUUGACGCGGCCCGCGACAGCUAUCUGUGCGCACUCGACUGUCUUCCAGCCGUCCCCAAGCACCUUGCUCCACCAAGACUCGACGAAGACCGCUUCGCCGAGAUUACAGACGAGGAAGCAGACCAGAUCAACAUGGACUGGGAGGCUGGAGCGGAGCGUGUAGCUGUCGACAACGACAUCCGUGAGGCGCAGAAAGCACUUUGGGGCAACCUUGCGGCCGUGUACUCGGCACAGAAACUGUACAAAGACUGUGUCGACGCGUGUACGCGCGCCCUCAAGUUUGACCCGAACUAUAUCAAGGCGCUGCACCGCCGCGCGUCCGCGAACGAGCAUAUCGGGACCUGGUCCGCACUCGUCAGCGCCCAGCGCGACUGCCAGCUGCUUCUCACCAUCCUGCCGCCGGAUUCUACUGUCGCAACAGGCGUCGCCAAGGCUCUCGACAAGCUGCCGCAACGCAUUGGGGCUGCAAAGAAGCGCGAGGAGAACGAUGUGGGCAUCAAGUUUGGAGGACUGAGCACCACCUAG